CCAUGGCGGAAGUUCAUAGACGUCAGCAUGCUCGGGUUAAAGGAGAAGCCCCCGCGAAAUCCUCCACACUCCGAGAUGAGGUGGAGCUGGGGAUGGCGUCGGCCGAAACGCUGACCGUGUUUCUGAAGCUGCUGGCCGCAGGCUUUUACGGCGUGAGCUCCUUCCUGAUCGUGGUGGUGAAUAAGAGCGUGCUCACCAAUUACAGAUUUCCCUCCUCAUUAUGUGUUGGACUUGGCCAGAUGGUGGCCACAGUGGCAGUUCUCUGGGUGGGAAAGGCGCUCAGAGUAGUCAAGUUUCCUGACCUUGACAGAAAUGUACCUCGAAAGACGUUUCCACUACCUCUACUAUAUUUUGGGAACCAAAUCACGGGACUGUUCAGCACAAAGAAACUGAACUUGCCAAUGUUUACAGUUCUGAGAAGGUUCUCCAUCCUGUUUACAAUGUUUGCUGAAGGAGUUUUACUCAAGAAGACUUUUUCUUGGGGUAUUAAAAUGACUGUAUUUGCAAUGAUUAUUGGAGCCUUUGUAGCUGCCAGCUCUGACUUGGCAUUUGAUCUGGAAGGAUAUGCUUUUAUUCUGAUAAACGAUGUCCUAACAGCAGCAAAUGGUGCAUACGUAAAACAAAAAUUAGAUUCAAAAGAGCUGGGAAAAUAUGGACUGCUCUAUUACAAUGCACUGUUCAUGAUUCUGCCCACGCUGGCCAUUGCGUAUUUCACAGGAGAUGCACAAAAGGCUGUGGAGUUUGAAGGCUGGGCUGACACCCUCUUUCUUCUGCAGUUCACCCUCUCCUGUGUGAUGGGGUUUAUCUUAAUGUACGCCACAGUACUCUGCACGCAGUAUAAUUCUGCUCUUACAACUACAAUAGUUGGCUGUAUUAAGACUAAUUUGUCUUCAGCCAGGAGAGCCAAGUUGACUUGAAUAUUGAGCUAAGGUUGGUGGCUUGAAGCCUGAGGCCUCUUUCAUCUGACUUUGUGAUUCUAGUGCUUUAUGAUUCAAGAGGCCACAGCCUGUCUGAAUUCCAAAUGAAUUAGCCAAGUGGGCCUGCUUCCUUAAAAAGGCAAAACCCAGACAGGUAGGUCCUUAACGUUUGGGGAAAAGAGGGCCAUUACCCUUGUGACUUCCUUUCUGAUGCCCCAUUACUCAGUAGUGAGGGAAGAGAUUUCAGAGGUCAAGUUUUUACUGCUCUGCUGUUUAUCUCUGUAGUCUCAAUAGAGUGGUGCCCACCUGAUCUCAUUUUAGAGACUAGAUUGGGUUAAAAUCCAGAAAGUCUGUGGUUUCAAAUCAUGAAAUUGAACUGUUUGUUGUGAAUAGAAUUCCAAAUUAAGCUGUAACAGGUCAAUUUGUGUGAAUUCCUUUAGAAAGCUAGAGACAAUCUAUAUGCCAGGGAUUGGGCUGGCUGAGACAGUUUUAGGCCCCUCCCCUCAAAUUAGCUCUAGGUAUGUUUUGGUUUUGUAAAGUGAAUGCCUCAAGGGCAAAGUGGAUGGCUUUCGUCUUCAGCAUAAGAGUAGCGAGAAUGUGAGAAAUAGGCCAUGUUUUUAGUUAAGGAGAUGGAUGAUGCAGGAAAGCCUGUGUUUAAUUUUAAUAAGUAAACCUAUUUGCCUGGGAUUUCUUAGUGUACUUUAUCAUUAUCAACAUGGGAUACAAAUAAAGUCAUUCUUGCUUGUAUAAGGUUUAUACUUUCCUUUUGAUAUAUGUUUCUCCUCACAGUAGUCCAAGAACUCCAUGGAUUUACUCAUUCCAGGGUGAUUAAUUUUACUUACAAACUCCACAGGGAGGCAAAAACUGAAUUGUCUGAUUAGUUCACUACUGCUCUUGCUUCAUACUGGUGCAGGGUAUCACUGUUGAAGGAUGGCUUGCACAUGCAGACAGAUGGGAAUCUGCUGAUACCCUUGCAGGGUCGAAGUCUCACAGGAUACAGUGCAGCUUCUGUCAUUAGCGUCCUAGUUAUAACCCGUUUAGCUCAGCCAUUCCUCCUACAAGAGGCUUUAAGCUUCCUUCUGUGCUUGAGAAUCCCCCUGCAAAUCCUUCGGUCAGCAUUCCUUUUUCUCUUCAGCAUGGUGGGAAAAUCACUUAGGAUAACUCAUUGAAAGUAGAAAUUCCAAGGCCUACCCAGAUAGACUCAGUCAGAAUCUCUAGAGUAAAGCUUAGAAAUGUUUAUGUUUAACAGGGUUUCCAGGCAAUUGUCGGGUAUACUAAAGUUUGAGAAUUGCAGUCUUAGUUUUGAGCUAUCAUGACUCUUCUGUGCUUCUUGAUAAUUUCUUUUUUGAAGACGUUGGUGUCUUUUCUUGAUAGCCAGCCUUGCUUAGGAUACCCUAAUAUAUACCUACAGGUUUUCCAACUUCUGAUUUUGAGCAGCAUGGGUUGGAUUCUCUGUCACCUUCAUUUCUGAAGUUCCUUGGGUAACUUACAUAAAUUAAUCCACCUCCCUGGAUCUCUGUAUUCAAAUGAGGUCCUGUUAUACACUUUCCUAAGUUGCCUGCUAGCCUUGUUUAUUGUUACAUGAUACUUAAUUUUAUUUUUUCCCUUCAAAUAAUAGGAAAAUCCUUUCUAAGGCAACCUCCUGUCUUCAUCUUUAGGCCUAGAAGAGGCUGACAUAAUUUUGAAGGUUCUCUCAAAGGGCGUUUUAUUAGAAAAAUAAUUUUGAAGUUUCUUUUUGGCCUUUUUCACUGUAUCAAUUUACUUUGUGUCUCAUAGGCCUAAUCUAGAGGCCUGUGAGAAAUAAGUCAGAUAAAUAUAUUUUGGGGUAAAACAUUUUAAUUUCCUUCAGUCCUCACUUUAAAACUUGAAAAAGUUUUAUAUAUUAAAAGCCAUUUGGGCCAGAGGUCAUCAGAGAUAGACAAAGAAGUGAAAAAACAAAUUUAGAUAAGCAGAAAAGAGUAAAUUUAAAUGUAUUGCCCCAUAUCUUUUUUAGUCAUAGUCCUAAGAAUGGAUUAAACAUUUGUGUCCCAUUUUAGAAGGUGGCAUUGUAGAUACACUAGACCUCUGUGUAUGAUGAAGGGAAACAGAUCUUUAAUAAGAGAUGUUUUUGUGGAAACAGAAGAAAAAACGAAGGUUAACGUCUGGAGUAGUGUAUAGAGUUUUUUAGAGUCCUUGAGGUAUCUCAGAUUGCAGUGGCAAUCUGACAGAUUUUACUGGAUUAUAGUUCAAAUCAGCAUUGAAGUGAACUUUCUGAGUAUUCUAUACGUCAGUAGGCAUGAAGGUUGUUUGUAUUUAACUUCUGAUUUUUCCUGAAGUUUACGUUGUCUAGUUUCAGUUUGUAGGGCUUUAAGAAAAGCACAGUUUCAACUUUCAGUGGCUUAAAGUCAAAAAUGGAAGAAAAAUUUGAAAGUGUUAGUUUGGAAACUUGUAGCCAGGAAAGAAUUCAGGUUUUAGUCUAAAUAUUAGAGAAGUAAUAACAACAAUAACAAUUAAUGAGGCUAGAAUCUAAUUUAAACAGAUGUGCUAUAGUUUUAUUUGAAACAUAAUUUUUUUCUUCUAGUCUACCAUUUUUACCAAAGAUAAAUCAUAGUAGGAUUAAUUUAUUUGUAAAAUAAAUUUUAGUUUUAUUGUACUUGGCCUGCUUAUUUGUAUAAAGUGUAAUAAGAAUAGUGAUUGGCCAUAUAGGCUCUUCUUAGAUUAGUUUUAUUGGAACUUUUUAAUAAGGAAUCUUAGAUUAUUAGACUUUUAAAAGCCUCAAGGCCACGAGGCUAAGCCAAGGAUUUGCCACCAGACUCUAAUACCUGUAACACAUUGGGUGAAUCUUUCUCCUUUUGAUAUCAUAAAAUAACUCGAGGUCCCUUGGUCUGUCAGAAAGUUACAUUUUUUAUCACAGGUCAGGAAGCUUAUAAAGGAACUGUGUAGACAAGGGUCUUUUUAUUGGCUUUAUAAAGUCAACUUUAAUUUCUUCAAGUAGUCUGGUCAUAUCUGCAAAUAUGUUAUUUUAGUCAAAGUAUUGGUAAAAUAGCCAGUGUCUCUGUGUCCUGUUACAAAGAAAACAGAUGUGUAUUGAACUUAUCUAAAUAAUUAUAUUCUGAUAAGUUAAGAAUAUUUAUAAAUAGUUUUUAAAUUUGGAGAAAUUAGUUAGAAAGAUGUUUUAAAUUUGUUCACAAAGUAUAUUUUACCCAAUUGUUGUAAAUUAUAAAUAGUUUAGAAGAAAAAAAAGUUUUUUGACUGGAAAACACAGCAUUUUUUUGGAAGUCAUAAAAGUUAGUCUUUUACUAAUGUAAUUCCGUGUAAUUCUUAUGCUGUUGGAUGUUAGGUUAGCAAUCCUCAUGAAUACAUCAGUUUUUUUAACUAGAGUACUGAAAGUUUUUACCUAGUCUAAUGGUCUGUUCAAUAAAGUUACCAGAAACCUAUAUUUACAACUACUUAUCAGAGUCUUUUUUAUUAAUUUCUCCGAAGAAGAAGCAAAUUUUGGACUCUACCGAUUGUAAACUACAUUUCGAGAAGAAUCAAAGUAAAGCAAUGAUUGUCAAUGGAAAGCAAAAGUCUUAGAAUAGUUAACAAUUGACAAGGAAAUUUGAUUAUUUCAUUGGCAUAUACCAAUUUAACAUAAUCAUAAUUAUUAAUGAUAAUAUAUCUGAAGACAUUUCAAAUCUUUAGGAAUCUCAUACAGGUUUAGAACAUAUAUUAAUAACACAUUUAUAUAAAUAUAAUGCAGAGAAAGUUAAGCACCAUUUUUUUAAUGAUUUCCAUUUGAUUUUAACAUACUAAAUAAGGCUAAUAUGUUUCUCUUGGACUUCUAGGGGCCCUAUUAUCUAAAAAGUUAGUUUGAGGUCAAAAAAACUGAAUUUGAAAUUUUGAUUUGGGGAAAUAUGUCAGAUAACAAAGGUUUAAAACAGGAUUGCAGGCAACUAAAAGAUAUCAUUAGUCAACGUGAUAAUUUAAAGAUUUUAAAAAGCAAAACUUUUUACUCUUGGUAGAGACUUAUAAGACAUAAUAAAGAUACCAUGAGUCAUACUGAAUCUGUUUUUCCCUCUACCCCCUCUUUUUUGUAAUUUAUUUAGAAGGUAAAUAAAAUUUUAAAAAUUAUUUUUUAUCAAUAGUACAUAAAAAUUUUGUUUGAAAGAGAAAACUACCUGGGCUUGGUGGCUCACAUCUGUAAUCCCAGCACUUUGGGAGGCCAAGGCAGGGGGAUCACUUGAGGCCAGGAGUUUUAGACCAACCUGGCCAACACAGUGAAACCUGUUUCUACCAAAAAUACAAAAAUUAGCUGAGCAUGGUGGCAUGCGCCUGUAGUUCCAGCUGCUUGGGAGGCUGAGGCAGAAGAAUUGCUUGAACCCAGGAGACAGAGGUUGCAGUGAGCUGAGAUCACGCCACUGCACUCCAGCCUGGGCAACAGAGUGAGAUCCUGUCUCAAAAAAAACCAGAGAAAAUUAGAUUUUAUUUUUGUAUGAGUGUAUUAUUAACAUUAAAGUUAAUUUUUAAUAAAGCCUUGUAAAUAAAUCUAUUUAAUUUUAAUUAGUUUGACCACAAGAUUUUUGUACGUUUUUAAAUAGCCUCUUAAAUUUAAACAUUUUUAAAAUUUUUUAUUUUUGUUUUUUUAAUUAAAAACUUUUUAAACGUUUAUACUAGGCAAAAUAUUUUUUUUUUACAAAAACACAUUUUUAUGUGUUUUAUAACCUUUUUUACUAAAAACACAUUUUCCUUUUUGAAUAUACUUUGCAUAUGGAAUUGUUUAUUUUAAUAUCUAGUAGUUUUAAUUAUAUAUAUUAAUUAUGAUAGUAUCUCUUAGUAACUCUUAGUGAAAAACCUAGGAAAUAAGUAAUUUUAACUAUGUGCAGUGCAAGACAAAGAAUAGAGCUGUGAACACAAUGCCUGGAGGAGUUAAUCCUUAGUAUGGCCAAGAGACAUGGUUGGGCUAGGGAGGACAGGGCCUGGGUGUUGUCCCCAGACCUUUUUUGUCUAGACAUUAGAAUCUAAAGUCUCAAAUUUACACACAUAAGCUCACAGAUAAAUUAAGUAAGCAUUAAAAAUAUUAUAGAAGUAACAGUUCUGUGACCUUACAACAUUUAGUAGAGACAGUAUAAACCUGUCUCUGAUCAAUCCAACCAGGCCAAAAAAAAAAAAAAAAACACUAAAAAUUUGAAGAUAUUUUAAUUUUAUUUUACUAAUAAUUUUUAAACUUUUAAUUUAUUAAGGAUUACUAAAAUCACGUGAACUUGAAAAUUAUUUGGGCCUAUUUAAUUUGUGAGUACUAACUUAUAAGUUAAUUUGAUAUUAUGUAGACAGUAUAUACACAUAGACAUGUAUAUAUAAAAAUAUAGAUGGACACAAAUAAAGACUUUAUAGCUUUGGUUUUUAAAUUUUAGCCAUAAGACCAGUAAAAUUCACUAGUUUAAAAGAACAGUUGGAUUUAAACUUUGUAAGUGAAAAAGAUUAAAGUUUAUCUGCCUCACAUGGCCCAAGCCCUUAUUGUGUUUUAGAGAAAAUAGGGUAGUAAAUUAAAUUUUAAAGUGCAGAGAGAGAAUUUAUAUUUUUUAAAAGGAGUUUGAAUGUGUUAGUGGAAGAUUAAAAAUGGAUGUCAAGGUAACAGACUUAUAGGAACUUAUAGGAUUUUAUAAGGGGACUAAUUUUAUUUAGAGGGGCAUUGUAAAAUUUAGUCUGUUUUUUAACUGGAUCACUGAGCUCAAGGCAGAGCCCAUUAAGCAACAGGGUCAACAAAGCAUCUGUAGUUUUUAGGGCCUAAUAAUUAAAAUAUGUGGAAAGUAGGCACCGUUGAAAGGCAAAACAUAUAGAGCUUUACAAAUGUAGAAUUUUGCUUUUACAUUGAAUCCCACAUCCCCAGAAAGAAAAAUGCCAUGAAACCAGGUUAUGCAAUGCUUGUAUAGUGUACUUUGAUACAGACAUUUUUAAAAGUAUUUAAACUACAUCUUUUAAAUCUAAACUCACAAAGAAACAAGUAGUCUCUUGUAGUAAUAAUCGUUUACUGUAAACAGCUGUUACCAGUCACCUCUAAAACUGUAGCUCUUACCGUGGUGAUGACUCACCACUCAUCUCACACACACACGCAAGUCACGUUUCUCCUACAGUACAAGAAAGAGGUAGAUGGCACCUUUUUUUGUGUUUCUUAAGGGAUCUGAAUCAUUAGAAGUCCCCUCUAGAUUCUUUUAUGUUGUACCAAAGACAGCAAAGAGGAGGAAGGAGGAGUAGGAAGAAAUAAGAGUAAAUGGGAGAAAAAUAUAUAUUUUUUGAGACAGGGUCUCACUCUGUUGCCCAGGCUUUAGUGGCACAAUCAUGGCUCACUGCAGCCUUGACCUCCUGGGCUCAAUUGAUCCCCCCAUCUUAGCCUCCUGAGUAACUGGGACUACAGACACCUGCGACCAUGACUGGCCAACUUUUAUUUUAUUUUAUUUUUUAUAGAAACAGGGUUUUGUCAUGUUGCCCAGGCUAGUCUUGAACUCCUGGGCUCAAGUGAUUUGCUCACCUCUGCUUCCCAAAGUGCUGGGAUUACAGGUGUGAGCCUCUGUGCCUGGCCCAAUUUCUAAGAAAGGAAGUAAAAUUUAAGAGUCUAAUUUUAAAAACAUAAUUUUAAAAGAGUUUUAGUCUACUGAAAAAAAGUUUAAGAACAGGAUAUAUAUAUAUAUAUAUCCAGGAUAUAUGUUCUUAAAUUAUAUAUGCAUGUAUAAUUUGAAUAUCAGUUUUUAAUUAAGCUUUUAAACACAGAGCUCUUUUUAAAAAGUCUUUUAAAAUCUACUGUCAGAUUUUAGCUGGGGGGAUAAACAGAUGAUAUUUUUGCCUUUUGAAUUUUUUCUACUGAAGAUACCUUCACAAGUGAAACUAGUAAGACUUAACCAAAGUUAUGACUUAACUAAGGAUGCACCUGGCAUCUCUAAAGAGGUGAAUGGGUACCCCAAAAAGUCAAAGUCACAUGAAUAUUGAGCCAAAAGGGGCUGAUUCUCUGACCAGGAAUUGAACCCAGGCUAUGGUGGUGAAAGUGUACAACUUGAAUUACCAGCCAUAAGGUACAGCAGCCUUUAUUGUGAAUCCCACAGGGGAUCUAAAGCAGGGAGUGUGAGCUUACAAAGGAUUUUAACUUUGUUUUAGGUCAGAUUUUUGCUCUUUUAAUUUUGUCAAGAGAAAAAUUUUUAAGACUAACCAUGACACUAUUAUGUGUCUUCUAAAAAAAAUGUGACCUUCUCAUCAAUUGUUUAGAAUAAGAAAUCUCUUAAAUUUUUUUUUUUUUAAUUUAGGAGUCUAAUUUAAAGGAUCCAUCUUUUGGCUGUUGAAUUUUUAAUGGUGUACUUAUUUUAAUAGUGACUCAAUCUAAUAGUCUCUUUAUGGAAAACCUAGGAUGUAAUUUUUUAGGUUUAGAAAUGUGUUCUUGGAGAGGGCAUAGAAGAGCCUUCCCAAAGUUCCCAUGCCCCCGCCCAAAAAAUGUAUUGCCAGGAAUAGGCUCAGAUAGUGAAAGAUUCUAAUUAUCAUAGAUGGUCUCCAGUAACCCACAGAUAUGUGGGGUACCACCAGUCACAGACUUGUUAAUCUGUGACAAUAGGUAGGCCCUCAUGCGACUGGACUUUUUUAGUACUAACCAGGCAACAAGGGUUGAGAUGACAAAAGCCCUUGUAGAUGAGACUUUUUAUGACAGACUGUCCUAAGAGCUUGACACAUUUAGAACAAAGUCUUGGGUUUCUAGCCAUUUUUAGACUGGCCACCUGCCGUGACUCAAAAAUCAUGCCCCCAGAUGGCAGAGACCAAGAGAGAGUGCUUCUACUUGAUUAGAAGUCAAACUUUCAAGGGCACAAAAUGACAAGAGAACCUCAAGCAGUACCCUAAUUUUUAUGACAGAGCAACACAGAAAGACAAAGAUAAAGGAAAAGACUAUUUUGGGGAAGAAAGGAAUCAAACAAUUUGAAUAUUCAUGCCACAGAGAACCAAAAGCUAUAACCAAGACUUGUCACACAAAUCUUUUUCUCCCAUUAAUCAAGAUUUGGGCUCUGUGGCUGUAUGGGUGGGUGUGGUGGCUGAACUCCUAUAAUCCAAGCACUUCGGGAGGCUGAUGCGGGUGGAUUGCCUGAGCUCAGGAGCUCAAGACCAGCCUGUGCAACAUGGUGAAACUUCAUUGCUACCAAAAAUACAAAAAAUUAGCCAGGCAUGGUGGUGCACACCUGUGGUCCCAGCUGUUUGGGAGGCUGAGGUGGGAGGAUUGCUUGAGCCUAGGAGGCAGAGAUUGCAGUGAGCUGAGAUUGUGCCACUGCACUCCAACUUGAGAGACAGAGUGAGACCUGGUGGCAAAAAAUGAAAAA